CCCCCCAGACCAUCGUCUGCCCGCCAGGCUGGCCGGUCUCUGGCCAGCAGCGAAAAUAGGCCACGAUCAACUGGAGAGCGCGUUUACUUCCACCCCUCCCUGCCCAAUCACCGCUGCCCAGCAUGUCGGGUUAGGAAUAAAUCAUGCAUCGGGCGUUGAACUUGGCGGGCCACCCAGUCUCUGUCCCCUUGCCUUUCUUUUUUUCUUCUUCCAUACCUUUUCCCAAUUCACAUCUGAACUGAAAAUGCGGUUCCUGGUAGCAGGCAGCCUGUACACGCUCUCGCUGCUGGCAGCAGCCAGCGGGCUCGUGCACACCAACCUAAUCCGCACGGUGGACCUGACCUCAGCGCCGUUCAUUCGCGAGCAAAUCGGAGCGGUGGUGCAGAAUGAGCACGCCAGCAAGCAAUACAAAUCCUACACGAUCGCCGUGCCUGCCUCCAAGCACGCCCACCUGGCGUCACUGACCGUGCAUGAGCGCAAGUCGGGCGUGGAGCUGCCAACGGUGCCAUUGGAUUUUGACACAAAGCGCAAUGCGUAUCUGUACCGGGCCACGCUGCGCGCGCCAUUGGCGCCCAACGACAAGCUGAGCCUGAACGUGGACAUGACAUUGAGCCGAUUCGUGUCGGCGAAGCCCGCGGUCAUGGAGCCUGCGGACGACCAGCAGUGGGUGUGGGAGGAUCGUGCGCUGGUGCCGUCGGUGUAUGAGACACGGAAGCAGAAGACGGUGGUGAAUGCGCCAAGGGUGACGCGGCAUACAGGCGUGCUGCAGCGCAAGUCGGUGGUGUUUGGGCCCUUUAACGCGACGGCGGAGGAUGGGCCGGCAGAGGUUGCGUUUAGGAGCAACAAGGAGCAGGCAGCGGCGGUGCAUCGGCGCGAGUAUUUCGUGAGCCAUCUGGGCGACGACCUGAAUGUGCUGGAGCACUACCAGCUGAAGAGCCUGGCGCCGCGCCCGCCGCAGUACGACAAGGUGCGCGAGACGAUCGCAAAGUUCAUGCGGACCCGCGACAACUUCAUCAAGACGCUUCUGGUGCCUGUGCCGGUGACCGCCCGGGACAUGUACUAUGUUGACGAGAUCGGCAACGUGUCGACUUCGGCCGUGACCAGUCCGCGCGAGGCACAUGGCCAGGAGUUCCGGAUCCUGCAGCUGAAGCCGCGGUACCCGCUGUCGGGCGGCGACCAGUACACGUGGUGGCACGGCUACAGCCUGCCACUGCAUGCGUAUCUGAGGAGGCAGGGCGCGCGGCAUUUCCUGAAGGUGCCGUUUAUCGGCCAUAUUGCGGCGUCGGCCAGCGGCAAGAGCGAGCUGACCGUCGACAUGGCUGUGGCGGAGAACGUCGCGGUUGAGUCGUACGAGUUGCAUGUGACGCUGCCCGAGGGCGCUACCGACAUCGAUGUCAGGGCGCCGGUGCGUGCCGAGAUUGCGUACGAGCCGACCUGGUAUUACUUGGACUCGACGGGCCGCACCACUGUGGUGGUGAGCACCGGGAAUGUUGCGCCAGGCGACCUGGGCGAUGUGCUGGUGAUGUAUUCGUACUCGGCAGUGGCCGUGUGGCAGAAGCCGGCGGUGGUGGCGCUGAUGGUGUUUGGUGUGUUCGCCGUGGCCAUGGCGGUGGGCAGGGUCCGGUUCGGGCUGGCGCAGGCGGCCAACAAGAAGAAGAGCGCAUAAGAGAUGUCUUUUUCACACAAAAAUUAUAUAUCAUUUUUAGU